AUGGUCGGCACAUCGAAUAGGUUAAAGAUGAAGGAAGAUAUAGUUCAACUGAAGGUUUGUGUGCCCAUCAGAGACUUAUGGAAGGCUAUGUCGAGUGACCUAAGGCACAUAGUGGCCAAGGUUUUACCAGAUAUGGUGGAGGAAGUCGAGAUGCUUGAAGGAGAUGGCGGCCUUGGAAGCAUAUUGCUCUUCAAAUUCUUCCCACAUGUACCUAAACUGAACUUCCAAAGGAGAAGAUUGUGGAGUAUGAUGAAUCACUACAUCAGAUCGCUCUUGAAAUACUGGAAGGAGGGCAUCUGGAUUAUGGGCUUACAAGAUAUACAAAUGUUUUUAAGUUAACUGCAAUAGGAGAAGCGGAGACUCUGAUCGACUUUAAGGUUUUGUAUGAUAUCAAACCAGAACAUACCCAUACGCCUGGUGAAACCACAAAAGAAACAUUACAUUAUCUCAAACUCCUCGAAAAUUAUAUGUUAAAUGGUCCA